ACUAGAUUGUGAUAAGAAAAUACGAAUUGAUAACAAAUCGUCAUCGUUUCAUUUAAGAAUAGCUAAAAGUUAAAAAUAAUGAGUGAUGAAAAAUCUGACGAAGUUGACAUUAUGUACGGUCUGAAAACAGUUUUAGCUCAAAUAGAGGCUGCGGUGAUUAGAAGGAGUAAAGAUAUACCUCAAAUCCCGCCAAAAUUAGUUGCAGUUUCAAAAAUAAAACCAGUCCCACUAAUCAUACAAGCAUAUGAAGCUGGCCAGCGUCAUUUUGGUGAAAAUUAUGUCAAUGAACUAGCUGAAAAAGCUAGUGAUCCACAGAUACUUGAAAAGUGCAAAGAAAUCAAGUGGCAUUUCAUAGGCCACUUACAAACAAAUAAAAUAAAUAAAUUACUUAACUCACCUAGAUUAUAUAUAGUGGAGACUGUUGAUUCAGAGAAAUUGGCUGAUAAUAUUAAUAAACAAUGGGUGAAGAUUAGAAAAGAUGAGAGCAAGUUGAAUGUUAUGGUACAAGUUAAUACUAGUGGAGAAGAAGCUAAAAAUGGAGUGGAACCAUCACAAGUAACCAAACUUGUUGAGCAUGUUCGUAAUAAUUGUCCUGAUUUAGACUUCAAAGGCCUUAUGACAAUUGGUCAGUACGAUUAUGACAUGUCUCAGGGCCCUAACCCAGAUUUCCUGACUCUUGUCAAAUGUAGGCAGGAAGUGUGCGAGAAAUUGGGAUUGGAUAUUAAUAAUGUUGAAUUAUCUAUGGGAAUGUCAUCAGAUUUUGAACAUGCUAUAGAAUUAGGAGCUACAACUGUUCGAGUUGGUACAAAUAUAUUUGGUGUAAGACCACCUAAAAAUAAGUAAUCUGAUCAAUAUUUUCAAUGGGGCUCUUAAAGUUUUGGAAGUCGGCGAAAAAUAUAAUUAUCUCAUGUUACUUUAAGUUAUUAUGAUUAAUAAAUAAUCAUAUUAAGUUA